GUUCGCGUAACGGCUAGUAGCGUGCGUUUCUCGGUCGUUUUUUUUGGGACGGGUAGAGAAAAGGACGGAUCGCCGCGAAAAAGGUCUCGAGUACACGGCAGCGCAAGGAAAAUACGAUUGCGCAACGACGUAUCGACACCCACGCGUCGUUCCAUUUCACAAGCGCGUGCUAUUACAUGGAGCGAGAUGAAAAACGGAUGCAGAGCAAGAGGGAAAGUGUAGUGUUGGAACGGAAGUGAAGAAAGAAAAAAUUGUGGACGAUACAUUUUAGGUGACAUGUAUAAAAAAAAAAAAAUGACGACUCUACUGGCACAUGACGGAUCAAAGGCAAAAUGUCACUGGUUGGAAGAAUGUCCUCUAAAACUGAUAAAAUAGGCCUCGCGAUUCCAGGGACUUGAAUUCGGUUUUACAAAGAAGAGGAACAAUCGGAUGCAAGAUGGAUCCUUACGACAAAAAAUUACGGGAUAUGCAACAGUAUCUCCCUUUUCUGGAGGACAAGAUCGAACGUAUGAAAAAAAUCAAAUUGAAAAUGACAUUUCCCGAUCCGGUAAGGGAACGGAAACUUAAUCAUUAUCAGGGAAUGUACAGAGUACUGACUAACAGAGACGUAAGGAAAAAGACAAACGUGGAAACGCUUGAAAAAUUUGAAGAACUUAUAAAAAAAAUUCAAAAACAGGAUUCCUUCGAACGUCGACGUUCGAAAUCAGACAUUUUACCAAAGAAAGAAUUCAGUCAUUAUCAAGGAUCGGAGUCUUACCGUCCGGGCAGUACAGCCAGCAGCACAAGCAGCUCCAACUUCAUCCGCAAGAAGGUGUACGAUGACACCCCUGCCUCGCCAAGUCCACCACACAGUCCCACCGACCAAGGGCCAACUGUUUCCACUGCGCCCAUUAUCAUUCCCACGGAACGGCGAACGCGUUUUACCCCCGCCACUUCGCCAAACAAUUCCGCAUCGUCCUCGCCCAGCUUUCCUCGGUACCAUUUCAAUUCGAGCCCAACCCAGCCCGUCGAUGUACCGCAACUAGGGUCUAUUGGCCGGCUGAAGGAUGGGCUCCUCGAAUGGGACUCGGAUGGCGAAGGCCCAACUAAAGACCGUCCAGAAAUCGCGCAGAAGAUGGACGUAAGCAGUGUGGUAAAAAAGCUAAGUGACACGUACCCGUGCAAGGAAGAAAUCAAGCCUGAGCUGAAUCGGUUACUGUCGAGUCACCGAGCGGUUUCGCCGCUAAUCAACGUACCGGAGGAGGGCCUCCGAUCGCCGGACCCGGAUAUCCUCGCGGCCCACUCGCCAUCCCAGCAGCAGGUGCCGUUCUCACCGACGAGGCGUGAAAUACCCAAGGCACCAAUGACGCCAUCGCUGCUGCUGAGUGCGCCGCCUACGAGCUCGCGACUGCCCAUUGCCAUCGACGACAUUGCCGAGUAUUUGGAUGACAAUGAGCGCAGCAGCCUGAGGAGGCACGACAAUCAUCCAUCAGUGUUGAAACCGAGCAGCGGUCCAAGGCCAGCCAGCCGAAUGCAUCUGCCUAUGCCUAACUCGUCGCCGGUCAUGCUAAGUCCGAGGUCCGAUGCCAGUUCCUUGUCGCCCUGUCUCCCGGAUCAUAGAAUGUCGGGUGAUCCAAGAGCGCGUCAGAAUAAUCCUCAUCGAAUGCAUGGCAUGAUUCCGAUAAAUAACGAUCCACGAAGCCACGGUGGCGUAAUUCCAAGAUACGCGGAUAAUUACGAAAGGCACAAAAGAACAAUACCGAGAGAAGCACAUGAAUCGAUGGGACCAAAUGAUUAUCAAAGACAGCGACACAUGGAUCAAUUCGGUCAGGAUAACCCCAAUAUGGGACCACCUAUGCACGGAGUUCCAAAUUCUGCUCCAGGUGACAAAAUCAAUUACAUGUUUGCAUGCCCAGUACCGUACAUAUCUCACAAUCAAAUGGUGGGGCCCCAUAAGCAUUACGAUUACCGAAUGGGUCCUAAUCAAGAUGCUUACAAUAGUUCGAAUAUCGGCCAUGGGGGGCCAAUGCAAUCACCUCAGCAGCAGCAGCAGCAGCAACAGCAGCAGCAACAACAACAGCAGCAACAGCAGCAGCAGCAGCAAUGGAACGGACCACCUCAUCCGCAAAUGCAACAAGGACCUCCGCAGUCUGGGCCCCAUUCAUAUCAAAUGCCCCAGCCAUCUAAUAUGCGCGGACCGCCUGAUCAGUCGGGCUGGCAGAAUCCCAUGUACCAAGAAUUGGGCGGUCAUUCUAUGUUGAACGGCGAUAAUAGAAUGCCUGGCGGAUUCUCCAAUCAGAUGCAGCCAAAUAUGAUUCGAAACAAUCCUGGCCACAUACAGCCUCUGCUGAGUAACAAUGGAAAUUUCGGUCCACCACCGAAAUACUCCAAUUAUUCGGAAGGUCGACCGCCCUACGACAUGCAAUACGAUCAUCAGUCACAAGGUACCAAUGAUUUCCAACGAAUUCGACCAAAUUGGAACAAUCGAAUGGGUGUCGACUCGGAGCGGUUCCAGGGCAGACCCAAUCUGCAGUUCGUGAGACCCGGGGGGCCGCCCAACUCGUGGAACAACAAGGAUCAGUCGAGAAUUACCAGAGAUCCUAGAGACCCUAGAGACUCCAGGGAUCCAAGGGUGACCUCGGACAGAGAUCCAAGAAUGCGGACAGAGGUGCAUAAGCCAGCAAGUCCGCCGUUUCACGCAAAGGAAGCGCUCCUGAAAGUCGUACCAGCCGGUAAAGAGGUGCAUCCAAAUAAGCUGGUGAAACAAGCUGCGGCAGCUGCAGCGGCUACCGCUGCUGCUGAAAAGGAUGCCGGUACGUAUCGCCACGUCUCUGCGAAGAAACGAACGGAUCAUCAGAAAUUAGAUGUACCGAAAACAAAAGAUAAGGACAAAGAUAGAGAUAAGGACAGAGAUAGAGAUAAGGACCGAGAUAGAGAUAAAGAGAAGGAGAGGGACAGGGACAAAAGUAAAGAUAAGGAUAAAGAUAAAUCGAAGACCAAGUCCAGAGAGUCAAUGAAAUCGCCUCUGACGGAACUUUAUGGCACUAUAGAUGCGAAGAAGGCUGUUAAAGGAUCAGGUCUACAAAAGUUCAAGAUACCUAAAAAGAGACCGUCCAUCGAAGCACGUCAAGAGUACAUACAAGCGUCAGAGGAGAAUUGGGAUGACGAAGAUGUAGUCUCUUCAUCCUCGACCAAUCAAGAACCCACUAAUAAGCAACAAGAUGAAACUACGACAACCAAAAAAUCAACGGUUGAUAAAGACAAAGAAAAAGAGAAAAAUGUAGAUAAAGAAGCUGAAAGUUCGUCCGAUACAAUAGAAGAGCGUAAAAAAUCCAAAGGUAUUGAUGAAAUGGAGCUAUUUAAAAAGCUUGCCGAGACCGACAAUUUAUCGAAAGAUGAUCUAUCAAGUCUUGUUAAGGAGCUCAUGAAAAAAUUAAAAAAGAAAAAAGCAAAAAAGACUGUGAUAUAUUCGUCGGAUGAGGACGAAGAGGAGGAUAGUGACGACGAGCGAGGUCAGUCGGCAAAGAAAACGAUAACGAAAAAGAAGAAAAAAUCACAGAAGCAAAUAAUCAAAUCAUCAUCGGAAGAAUCAGAGUCAAACCCUGAAACACCCCCGGCGACAGUUUCGAAGAAAGGCAGACAAAAAAGAAAAUCGAAUCAAAGAAGGUUGAGUAACGAGAAUAAAGUGGAACAACAACAAAAGAAAACAAGGGAGAAGAAAGGAAAAGUGGCUAAUGCUACGGAAAAGAGAGGCGCUAAACAGAAAGCUAAGACACUGCUCGCUCAACAAUCUUGUAAGAUUUAUUAUAAUUAUUGCAUUAUUUCGAUUAUUCAAGCCCUGAAAUGUCUAAUUAAAUUCUUGAAAUUCUUAGUAGCUGCCGAUAAGGAUGACCUGCUCGAUGUCGAACCAACAACUACCGAAAAGAAAGAUAAUAGUAGCGAUAAAAUUAUCGCUCAACCCGCCACCGGGGCUGCAAAGGAUACCAUCGAAGCUCCUGUCAAAAUUAAGCCGAAACGUCGCUUGCGGGAACUGGAUAUGCUGCAGGAAGACCUCAAGUCCAGCUGGAUAUGCGACGGUGCGAUGAAGGCGACAGGUAGUCGUACCUGUAGCCAGAAGAAUAAGGCAUUGGAGCAGCAACCGGAGCAGCCAGUGGUCGACGAGGAGCAAACCACCCCUGUUGCUAAAAGCACUACGGCUGGAAAGACGAAGAAAGCACAGUCAACGAAAUCUAAGGCAAAAGUAAAGAGAGUCGAACCCAUCCCGAAUCUCUUCGUAAGCUCAAAUAGCGAAGAAGAUGAUGUGCCUCUGUCGCGCAGAUCCGAAGGUAUCAGUAUUGACGUGCCAAUCACAAAGGCAAAGAAAGAUACGACCCAGAAGACGGGGAAGAAGGUUAAACGCUCGAAGAAUAUCCAAAAGUCGUCGCUACCGUUGUUCGACAGCUCCUCCAAUGAUAGCUUCAACCUCGAUCCCUCGGUGGUCGAGCCCACUACCGAUAUAUCUCUUCAUCCCGACACAACUUCCAGUGAGAAAGCUAUCGUCGCUAAAGGAAAAAAUCUUAAGAAAGGCUCCAAAAAGACAUCUGUAACCGAUGCUGCUGUAGAAUCAUCAUCGGAUGAGAGUUUUGUUUCAAAUGCGUCAUCGUCGCUGUUAUUGGAUAUAACGGCAAAACAGCGUGACAGUAACCAGGAACUUCUCGACGAUGUAAUGGCAGAAUUAGCAACUAAUCCCAAGUACUCGAUGGCAAAGAAGAAACAAGUUAAGAAGAAAAAGAACAAUUGGCAAAUGGGCAUACUGUCGAAAAAGAAAAGAAAGAAAGCCAGUGGCUCGAGCAAGGCCGACGAGAGCACGAGCCACGAGUCGGUGGCGGACUCGUCCAUCAGCAACGAGACCGACUUGCUCUCCAAAGAGAGCGACACGACGAGCUCGAGCGACAAGAAGCUCAACUCGUCCAUCGAUCGGACGGAAAGCCUCGACAAGCUCAACGACGAGGAAGACUCGAGCUGGAAGUCAACUGGGAACGCGAACGACGACGACGACGAUUUAACCUCGCGAGUCGACGCUGACGCCCUCAUCGGCUACACCCUUUUCGGUACCGACAAGUACCAGUGCCUACUUUGCACUUUCUAUCGCAAGAACAUCGUUCACCAUUACAAAAUGCAGCACCCAAAGAAGGAGGUCUUGAUAUCGCGUCUACCCGUGGCCGAGGCCCAACUGGCGAUCGAGGAGUCGACGCCGUCGAUGCUUGCGAGCAAAGAAACGCCCGGGGAGCCAAACAAGCGCGCUGUAAAAUUCAGCUGCCGCUUUUGCAACUUCGUUACCAAGGGUAUGGACAACAGCGCCCGUGAAAGCUUUUACGAGCACUGCACCAACCAUACGGGCGAGUACCGCUUCUCCUGCAUGAACUGUAAUUACGAAGCCGUAGCCCGGGGCUCGAUACGCACCCACUAUUACAAAGAGUGCCGCAAGUACUCUACCACCAAGAGCUUCAACGAGGCGAUGAUCGAAUCACCGAUGCCCAACGAGGACAGGGUGUACGGUUACCUUUGCUCUAAAUGCAAUUACGUGCAACUGAAGAGGUGUAACGUCGAGAAGCACGCGAGGAUGUGGCACGGGAAGAGCACGGAGCAGGAGGUGAAGAUCGUCAAAAUCGACAUGUCGCUGAAUCUUAAGAAGGAAGAAACGAGCGUCAAGGUGAAGGUUGAAAACGAAGAUAAUAAAGCUGCGGUUGUGCUCGACUUGCUCGAGCGGAAGAGUGAGAACGAGUCGAGCGCGGAUACUGCUGUACCUGAUAAUAAAAGCGAGCAACAAGAUAUCAUUGCCAAUACCAUUGAGGCCGAAUCUUUAAUGGAGGAUUCUGAAAUUCGUUUGAUGCUGGAAACGACGGAGCACAGGGCACAAAAGGUCGAAAAAUCGGAGAAGAGUAGUAAUUUGAGCGCCUUUGUAUGUGCGGCUGAGCUCGAGGACAAGGACGUUGAAAUACAGAACGAGCGCAAGAAAAAGAUGCAGGAGAUCGCGGAGAACAUCGGUAUUAAAGUGGAUAAGGAUGAAGGCCAGAAGAGACUAUCGAUAAUCGAUAAACUCAAGGAUAAAAUGGAUACGUCAUUGCCCGUAGACGAGAAGGAUAAUGUCGUCACCGAGAAAGUGGAUAUCCCAGCCGUGGAGCCGAGCGUACCGCCCGAGCCAAUCCUGGAGGAUAAUGUCAUUGAUCCACUUCACAUAUCCGAACAGCAGGAGCCCGUGUCCAAAUCCGAGGCUAAAGAGAGUGCGACGUCACAUCCAGAAUCGGUCCAAAUUAAAGAUGAUCCGGAUGCACCGAGAUCUACCGAGGAGGAUAAGACCGGUGCAAAGAUAAAAGAUCCUCUAUCAUUUGUCGAUGAGCCCAUUAAGAGCUCGGGUUAUGAGAACAGCGACGAGGAGCCGAGCGACACGGAACCGCCGCCCGUCGACCCUGUCAGCUACGAGUCGGACACGAGCGGCGAGCAGUCGGAUCACGAGAUCGCUACGGACGUGACGAGUAUACUCCAGAGCACCGAGGAGAUGCGUUCGCCGUCCAAGGGUCUCAUGAUGACGACCAUCCAGCGACUCGCGGCUCAGCUACAGAACACCAAGCCCCUUGAGACGAGCUCGCUACUCGAGUCCGAGCCCGUGAUUGCCCAAGUGCCCGAGCAACUCAUUAUCAAGAAGGAGCGGAUAUCGCCCAAGAAGCUCGCCGAGGACAUGGCCGUCAUCUCGCCUGCCUUCGUCAAGAAGGAGGUGAAGGACGAGCCCAGCUCUCCACUGAGAACUGACGACGAUGAGCUAAAAUUACCGGAUGAAGAUUUAUCAUCUAAACAAUCUAGUCCUCAAUCACCAAAGACAUUUAUUAGAAUUAGAAGAAUCAGUGGAGAUAAACUCUCGAAGGGGAGUGAUCAAGAAUUUUCAACAAUUAAUGAUAGCGACCAAUCGAAUUCAAUGGCCACUAUCGAACCUCUUGAUCCUAAUGCCAGCGAAGAUGAUACAGGAUUUUUAAAGAUCGCAAAUGUUGUCAGUCUUGCUCAAAAAGAAAGUGAAACUCAAAUGGUAUCAAACAUUCGUAAAGCUGUGGAGACUUCGCCACAGAAAGGCAAAGGCAUGUCACUUUUGAAAAAACCAAGCUCUUAUAUUUUGAAACGAGUCGACAGCAGUGGAUCAGUUAUUAGCUCCUCUGGAGAAACGGUGAAGCUCAUUCCACUAAAUAUACCUCCUACCUCAAGACCCGUGGCAAAGCCAGAAAAUUAUAUAUCCAUUGGCGGACAACCAACUGUAGCUAUAAAAAUUGAUUCCAAAGGUAUAGCGACACCACUGGCAGUAGCGUCGGCAGGUUCAACGCCUACGAGUCUCGUGACAUCGGCCAACCAACCCUUCAAACUUGUCAAGAUAGCUUCACCAGAGCAGGUCUCUGUAGCCAUAAAACUCAAAUCAGCUAACAUAUAUGAGAAAAUGCUGAAAGAUGACAAGCUUAUACAUAUGUUCAAAUGUAUGGGCCGAGACUGCUCUUUCACUACUAGUAACGAGCCAGCAUUUAACAAGCAUUUGAGAUUACACGAGGACGACAUUGUCAAUAAGAUUAUUAACAGUGAUUGUAAGGAUUACUUCAAGUGUGCCUAUUGUUAUAUCGACUGCAAAUCCUACGAGGAGCUGAUAAAUCAUUUGAAAAAGAUGCACAUCUUCUGUAGAUACUGUUGCAAAUACUGCUUCUAUCGAGCCUUUGCCUACUCCUAUGUUGAAAUACAUCAGAAAACUUAUCAUCAAAUGAAACGAGUACACAUUCUUGUUGUCAGCGAAGAACUCGUACAAUUACCACCACCUCCCAAAAGACUCGAACGUAAACAAAUCAUUAAACCCUACGUUUGUGUGCAUGAUUGUAAUAAAUACUUCUUCAUACCCGAGGCAUUUGUACUACAUCUUAAUAUGCACCAUACAAAUAUAACAUCUGGCUUCAAAUGUCACAUAUGCCAAAGUUUGGUGCACACUGUAGAAAGUCUCAUUGAGCAUUAUAAGCAACAUGGUUAUUUCAAAUACCAUUGCAUGUAUUGUUCACAUGGUUCGGCAUCUAUAAAAGAUUUGCAUAAUCAUCUUAGUUCAUCGCAUUAUAAUCAGCCACCACAUGUGCUUGAAAGAUGUCUGCCACGCGAGAUAUCGAAGAACCUGAGCGCAAUCGAACAGUUGCGGGUGCGCGAUGUCGAUGCGAUAUUCCGACAACGUAAGGGUGCCUUCGACGAAGAGCUCGGCAAGGUGGCGAUACCACCGCGUAUCAAGGGUACGGGUAGUGCCGUCUCGUUGAUUCCGAACGCACCCAUUAUGACGGCGAAAAUAAUAUCCCCGAAGGAUAACAGCACCUACGUGCCUCUCACCAACCUCGACAACAGCGUCUCGAACAUUCGUAUCCUUGACGCGCGCAGUCUCAAUUCCACUUCCACCAGUCUGCUCAAUAUUGGAAAGAAUAUCAAGGUGACUGUGUCCGAUGUACAGAAUUUAAAUGCCAACAAUCAGUUUGGAUUUCAUAAAAUUGAUCCGGAUAGCGAGAGUGAAUUCGUCAAUACGAAUUUGCUCGAUCAUACCGAGCUGCUGUCCGGCAAAAAAAUGGUCGUUGAAACGAAACAAGAUGAGAACAAAGUCGAGGACUACGACAGCGAUGUCGAGAUAAUUGAAGACUACACGAAUCAAUUAACCGAUAUGUUAGUCGAAAAGCCGAUGAUGUUAGAAAAAGAUGAUAUAAAGGAGGAGGCGGUAGAAGAGUCGCUGAUUAAAGAGGCUGAGCUGGAAGCAAGAGUUUCGUCACCGCGGACGAGCCUCGUGAAUGUCGAGCCGAGCCCGAGCCCGAGCCCGAGCCCAAGCCCGAGCCGGGACCCAGCGAUCGAGGUGCCGAGUUCGAUCGACCGCUUCCUCACUAUCGAGGACGUGCAGGGUACGGGCUUCGGCGGUCGCGAGCUCUAUCGCUGCGGUGUCGACUCCUGCCCGUACUCCGCGGAGACCGCCGAGGAACUACGCCAGCAUAUGCAACAAUGCAGCCCCAACGACGAGGACGGCGGCGACUCGGCCCUUUACUGCGUACAUUGCGGCUCCUCGAGCAAGCGCUUCAGCAAGCCAUCCUUCUUCAUAGAUCACUUGAGGACGCACGGCCUCAAGCGCUUCAGCUGUGCCGUCUGCAACGCGAGAUUCGCCGUCCAGAGUCAGGCGCAGUCUCAUCUUCGAGCCAAGCACAAGUACGUCAGUUCGAGAAUCGUGCCAGCCGACCCGACCAAUCCCUCGCCAUCAGGACUAUUUUACGUUCAUCCCAUGACAACGGCGGACAGGCUGAAGAGCAAGAAGAUGAACAAGGCCGCCGCGGACAAGGACGCACUUAAGCUCAUGGAAAUGGAGAAGCUUAAUUACGGGCCAAGCGAGAUCGAGAAGCUGCCCCUGCAGGCGAUCUACAUUCGAGCGGUGCAGUGUGCGGUUUGCCCUUACAGCAACAAGGUGCGCACGAACAUGGUAAGGCACCUGCAGGCUCACCUCAAGGACGAGAGCGUGCCGGACUCGAGCCCGGUGAACCCGGUGCCCUGUCUCGAUAAGAAAGAGCGGAUGUUCGACAAGAUGGUGAAUCUGGCCAGUAGUUCGCACGAGAACGGGAGGAUGAGCGGGGGCGUGAGUGCCGCAGCCGCGCACAGGGACGCGAUGAAGCAGGAAGAGGACGAGGUGCUACCAAAAUUCGUUCCUGAGAAUCAAAGAUACGUCUGCGGAGUGCCGGAAUGCAAUUACUUAACGGUCGAGGAAGCGAUGUUGCGACAUCACUUAAAAGCGUUGCACUCGGACGAGGUGUACUUUCGGUGCCCCCACUGCCCGCCGCCGAGUGGCCAGGACUUAGCCCAAAACAUAGCCUUAGAAAAAAUGGGUGUUCAUUUAAAAAUGCACGAUAGCCGACUUUACAAGUGUUCUCAUUGCAUUUACCAUCACUAUCACAGACACGUGGUUGAGCGUCACCUGGCUGACAAGCACCCGGAAAAGAGGCCGUUCGUUAAGGUGAUACGCGAGAUGCAGCUGGACCAGGCAGGCGAGGCCCAGCAGCAACAGCAGCAGCAGGCAUCCGCGUCCCAAGAACCGGAGGAGACGGAGCUCCCGGACCCGGACGGGAAUACCUGGAAAUGCAACCUCUGCGACUUCAAGUCCGUGUACAAGACGGCGAUGCAAAAUCACGCGGCCACCACUCACGACGAGAAGUGUCAGUUCAAGUGCAACGGCUGCGCCUUCAAGACCAUCAGCAAAAUCACCUUCGACCAACACAUGCUCACUAAGCAUAUAAACGAGCCCGAGGUCGACUACACGACCGUUUACCAAAGGAUAAAAGGUCUGAAGAAACCUGACGUCAUAGAGCCGACGAUUCCUCAGGAUGAGCCCUUCGACACGACGCCGUUGUGGCGUCGUGACAUGCCGCGUAUACGUCACAUCCGGGGCAUCCUACUCGAGGAAGAGGACAACGUCGAGUCGGCGAAGGUCAAUGCCAAGCGUAAAAUUGAGUCCGAGGUAGCGGCCAAGCCAGCUAAAGCCAAGUUGCCAAAGACGAGCGUCGAGGACUGCAAGUCGCCGGAAAUCAAGAAGCCGAGGACGUCGCUCGACGAGCCCGAAAAGCCCAAGGUGGCUAUGCCCGAGGGUGGCUACGGGCCCCUUGGCAAGCCCAUCGGGGACCUUUACGUUUGCACGGUUUGCAACCAAUUCAAGUCCAAGUACAAGCACGACUUUAGGGAUCAUCUUUACAGGGACCUCAAGUACACCAAGUGGUUUUGUCCGACUUGCGAGUACAGGGCCGUAAAUCGUGGAUCCAUAGUGAAACACAUUUUUAAUCGUCACACCGACGAAACCCUGGAGCCAAGAGCCGCCACCCCGAAUGGACCGCUUGAAGAAUGGGUUACGUCCGUAAUGAAAACGCAAACGGAGAUUAUGAAAAGUACUAAAGCGCCAGCCCCGGUUACCAAGGAAGUCGUCGAAACGAAGGAAGAGGUUGCUAAUGAAAGCGAAGACGACGAUCUCGUUAUCGAUACGAAGGAAGAAGAGGAUAAUUCGGAGGAAGAGAAGACCGAAAACGCUGUUAAACCUGCAGCUCCAGUACCCGCGGCGGAAGUAUUGGCGAUGCCCCUAAUCUGCAAGCACUGCAGCAUGAGCUUCGCCAAAUGGCGAGGCUUCAAGCGUCACGUGAAGCUCAAACAUCUGAAACGACUGAACUACCUCUGUCCGUACUGCGACCGGAGCACCAACUCCGAGGCGGUAAUGGUGCAGCACUUGCGCUCCAAGCAUCGCACCCUCCCGGAGAAGAUUUUCGAGAAUCCGAAUCCGCAGGUGCGCGAACUGAGUCCCGAGUUCUGGGAGCGGGAGUACGGUCUCGUCGUCCCCAAGGCGCCGAAGAAGCGCAAGCGGAAGGACGAUAAUACGGAGGAUGGUGGGGCGCGGGUCGACCACGAGCUGCCCUGUGACACGUGCGACUUCACGGCCAUCACCUACGCCGGACUCAAGAGCCACAUGAGGACGCACGAAAUCAGGGUGAAGCAGAAGUGCAAUUACUGCACGUUCGUUAGUUUCAAUUCGUCGGAAAUGAGGCAGCACUGGGAGGUUAAUCACUCGCAUCUCGAGUUCAAGGUCGAGGAGGCGAUCGUGACCGCGGCAAUGGACGCGGCGAACGUGCGGGCGGCCAAAAAAGCCAAGCUCGAGGACGAGAACAAGGCGAUCGUAUAUUAUUGCUAUUACUGCAACAGCACUACCGUCAGCAGUUUGUCAUUGGAUGUGAUUAGAACUCAUUGGAAGCUGAUGCACAAGGAGGACCAAAAGUGCUCGGUUUUCAGGUACAAGCAGCAUCUGGACACAAGGGCCAAGUGCGCGUACUGUGCCGAGCCCGGCACCAGGUCCACCCUCAUCGAGCACAUUUGGCAGAAGCACGGACGUGACAAGGACAUAUUGCUGGUCAACAAGGAAGACGACUACGACUGGAUGUGCAAGUGGUGCAAGGACGAGUUCUUCACUAACAAAGAGGACAUGGAUUACCAUCAGAAGGUAAUACACUCGCAGCUACGUCCCAAUUACAAGCUCGUACGCCGUGGCUUCACGUGCAAGCACUGCGGAUUCGAUACCCUGUCGCUCGAAGUGAUGCAGAAGCACGCGAAGAACCACCUCAACGUAUACAAGUGCAAGUAUUGCCCGGACGUAUUUAAAACCCUGUCGUCGGUGAAGGGACACUUUAGGCUAUUGCACUCGGAUAAGGAGCUGGAGACGCGGACUAUAACGGGAGAGGACUUUAGCAAGGAGAUCGAAGCGAUCGUCAACGACUCCACGUCCUUUACUAACGUCCAGCUAGUUCCCCUGAAGGUGCCCAUGACAUCAUUAUUAAAAACACCGCCCAUAACGCCGACAAAAACGGAGCUGGUGGUAAUGUCCGUAAGUCCUCGCGUCGCCAAGAAGUCGACGACUAAGCAGUCGGUAACUGCGAUACGGCCGUUACCCUGCAAAAUCAAGGCCGUUGCUAGGAAGUCGACCAAUCCCUUGCCACGCUACCCCUCGGGCGUUAUCUUCCAGACGGAUGAGAAGGAGGACGUUGAUGAGGAUGACGAAGAACGACGAGUGAGGGACGAAGAGAAGAGCAAGACGAGAUAUACGUCGUAUUAUGGGCGAUCCAGCAGUCCGGUUGAUUUGGGGAGCCUGCAUACGACGAUGGCCCUGGCCGGACUCAAGAUGAAGGUCAAUUGCGCCAAGCUAGCCGAGAUAUUCAACAUUAACAUAGAGCCGAAACUCAAGCUCACGGAUUUUAGAAAGGAGAUGAUAGAUCGUAGAUGAAUAAGAGAUUGUCGGAUGGGCCGACAUUUUUAGUGAUAUCAAUCCGUAAUGACGCGCGAACCAAACCCUAAAGGGUCCUUCGUUGUUUCCUUUUCGUUAUUUCUUCCUCACUCUCUCUCUCUCUCUCUCUCUCUCUCUCUCUAUUGUGAGUGCAUGUGCCUUCGUAUCACAUUUAUGUAAAACUAAGGAUUGUCUUGUUAUAAAGUUACAUACAAAUUUCGAAACUACCAAUAAGUGUAAAAUUUGAAAUUUUUG